UUCGGGCGGCAUUUUCAUUGACACGCGCUACUGGAAUGGAAGGAGUCUUAAGAAUUAUUCUCAUCGGUGUCUGCGUGCUUUACAUUAACGCCCAAAAUUAUCACGAAUUCGGGGUGAUUGAAGCAUGCAGUGACUCGGAUCAGGAAGAUUUCAUUGUCAAAUUUGAUGAUGAGCUCAUGGCACAUGUAGACUUGGAAGAGCAGAAAGAAAUCAUGACAUUACCUGACUUUGCUGGUCAAAUCCAGUUUCCUUCGCUGUACGAGGACGCUAAAAAAGCAGUAUCUAUUUGCAAAAACUUCAUUGACAUACUUAAAGAGGUGUACGCCAAUUCAUCUGAACCACUAGAACCCCCCAGGAGCUCAGUUUAUCCCAAAAGUGAUCCACAGUUGAAUGUCCAGAACAGCCUGAUCUGUCAUGUGACUGGUUUCUUUCCUCCACCGGUCAGAGUCUCAUGGACCAAGAACAACGUGAACGUGACAGAGGAAUCAACUCUCAGCAGAUAUUACCCCAACAAAGACGGGACAAUGAAUGUGUUUUCUCGGCUGAGCUUCAUUCCAGAGGAAGGAGACAUUUACAGCUGUUCUGUGGAGCACAGAGCCCUUCAUCAACCUCAAACCAGAGUAUGGGAUGUGGAGAUAACGGAGCCCAGCAUGGGUCCAUCAGUGUUCUCCGGAGUCGGUCUGGCUCUUGGGCUGCUGGGUCUCGCCACUGGAGUCUUUUUUAUUUCUAAAGGAAACUGAAACAAUAACGCUGACAACCCUAGAUAUUGUCUUCUUUUAGUUCUCAUGUUCAGUUGCAUAUGUAAAGUUGCAACAGAAUUUAAUUCAGUGUAAAUGUAGCUAAUUUAAGCUUUCGGGAGUCAGCAUUGAUAUAUACGGUGGGGACAUGUGACACCCGUCAUAGUCUCAUGAAGCCAGACCUUCAGACUGAUGGCCUGACCUCUGAGGCUGAGACUACACCUGCCCUGAUGGACAAUAGCUGUUAGUCUUCAUAAGACAUCAUAUAAUGUUCUAGUGCUGCAUAUAGUGUGGUGGCUAUUUGAUCCUAUACAGCAGCUGCAUUAUGUCAUGGAAAACUGCUGUUUUUUGUGUUGUAAUAAAUGUUUGUCGUUUAGAUUACAAUUUUAAUAUCUCAAUUUGUAAAGGGACACGUGACAUGUCAAUCUCGUAUAUUUUUAUAUUCAAAUACUAUUUUAUUUUCUCAAAUAAAAGGAAAUUGAGUUAAUAAUGCAAAUAAAACAAUU